UUUCUUUGAAUGGCAACUUAGCUUCCUUGGCUCAUUCCUUUCUUUUCAAUUUGUCAAAUCAAUUGAACGUCGGAUUAAGAAAAAGUGUUUUAAUUAGUGGGAAAGGUUAAAAUAUCUGUUGAAAUCAAGUGAACUCCACAAUUAUGAGUGAAACUAUCAACACUAGUACACAGUUUCCGCAAUUUGAAAAGCCAACUGUGCAAUUCAAUGAAAAUGGCUGGGGCCCAUGUGAACUACCGGAAACUUUUCGUGAUAUGCCAUACCAGCCGUUUAGUAAGAGCGAUCGUUUAGGAAAGAUUUGUGAUUGGACCAGUAGCUCCAAUAACGAAAAGAAGUACCAAAAUAAGUACGCUUCAUCCUUUGGUACCGGCAGCCAAUAUGCUUAUUACCAUGAAGAGGAUGAAACUACUUUCCAUUUGGUAGAUACCGCACGCGUGCAGAAGCCGCCACAUCAACGUGGACGUUUCCGUUCGAACAUGCGUAACAACAGGUCAGCGCGUGGUCGCAAUCAACGCGGCGGCAUGAAU